GGGCGGACGAGAGGGAGGGGGCGCGCGCGACGGCGGAGCGGAGCAGCCGGUAUCUCGAGAGCGGGGGCCGCGGCCGAAUCCCGCCAUUUUUAAACUCGUGAGGUGAAGCCGCGGACAGGCGGAGCCGAUAGGCGCUUCGGCCCGUCAACUACUGUCGCCGUCAGCGGCCGGAGCCCCCCGGGGGGGGAGUCGGCCCUUCACCAGCGAUGGCGCCGCUGCUCGGCAGGAAACCUUUCCCGCUGCUGAAGCCUCUCGCGGACUUGGCGCCAGGAGAAACCGUCUUCGUGAUCGAGCACAGCGGAGAGUGCUUCAGGAGUCAGGAAGAAUAUGACAUUCGACUGGCCAGGUACGAGGAGCGAAUCUGGACGUGUAAAAGCACAGGCAGCAGUCAGCUCACACACAAAGAGGCCUGGGAGGAGGAGCAGGAAGUGACCGAACUACUGAAGGAGGAGUAUCCAGUUUGGUUCGAGAAGCCUGUGUUAGAAAUGGUUCAUCACAACACAAUCUCGCUGGACAAGCUCGUUGACAAAACGUGGAUGGAGAUCAUGACCAAGUUUGCUGUUGGAGAGCAGUGCGAAUUCCAGGUCGGGGAAAACAAGAUCCUUCAAGUGAAGGUGGUGAAAGUACAUCCUUUGGAACCAAAGGAAGAGGAAUCUUGUGAAAAGAAAACUGAUGGCACAUGUGACUCUCCUUCCAGUGAUAAGGAGAAUUCCAGUCAAGCAGCACAGAACAGCUGUGGCCUGGAUGUCUCCAACAAGGUUGAGGAGAACAAGCGAGAUUGUAAUGCCAGUGACCGAGCUCGACGAUCGCCACGGAAGCUGCCCACAAGCCUCAAGAAAGAAGAAAGGAAGUGGGUGCCUCCAAAAUUCCUGCCCUACAAGUAUGAUGUGAAACUCGAGAAGGAAGACAAGAUAAUCAGUAACGUACCAGCUGACAGCCUCGUUCGCUCCGAGCGGCCCCCCAACAAGGAGAUCCUGCGCUAUUUCAUCCGGCACAACUCGCUGCGGAUGGGAAUGGGAGAAAAUGUACCCUGGGUGGUGGAGGAUUUGCUGGUCGAGAAAUACUCACUGCCCAGUAAAUUCAAUGACUUCCUACUUUCCCCAUAUAAGACCCUUAAAUGGACGGAAGAUGACGAGUACAUGAUCCAUAAUCCUAUUGUACAAUUGGGGAAAAGAAAAGGCACCGGCACCCCUGAAGGGAAAAGCUCAAAGAAAGCAAAAGGUGAGGACGGCAAAGAGAAAACCAAAAAGAAGUACAAGGAUAAGAAAAUCCCUCUCAGCCCCCCUCUGAGUCCCACGCUAUGGGGUCAUGUGCACGUCAAAAAGGCCAUCAAUGGCACUGGGAAACUGGGAACUCCAGUAAAGAUGAAUUCGGGAAUACCACAUACACCCAAAAGGUCUCCGGAACAAGAACUGGAAGAAGUCAUGAAGAUUGUGACUCCAACCAAGCUCAACACCAACUUUCACAUUCCCAAAAAGGGCUCCCACUCAGGGAGCGGGACGCCAUCUCGCAGCUUGAAAGAUAAGAUGAAGAAGGACAAGAUGAAGAGAAACGACAAGGGCAGCUUGCAGAAAGUAAAGUUGAAGAACAAAAGUGGACCAAAGAGUAAGCUGCUCAAUGGGCAGAAGUCUCCAUCGAAGAGUAAAUCCCCCAAGAAAGGUCUAAAGACCCCAAAGACGAAGAUGAAACAAAUGACGCUGUUUGAAAUGGCCAAAUCGGGCACUUCGAAGACGGCAAAGACCUCGAAGGGGGUGGGAGGGACGCCGAGGUCUGCGUCCAAACCUCAGAAACAUCUCCCGCCCCUGGCGCUGCAGCUUAUCCGUUAUUACAAAGACAACAAAGGCAAGGAGGAGAAGAAGAGUGCGGUGUCCGCCUUCAUCACCAGGGUCGCCAAAGUGCUGUCUGCCGAGGACCGCGCUCGCAUGCCUGAGGAAAUUGGCAACCUGGUACAGAAGCGAUACGAGAUGCUGGAGCACAAGAGGAAGUGGGCAUUGAUGUCUCAGGAGCAGCGGGCAGAUUAUCUGAAGAAGAAGCGCGAGGAGCUAAAGGAAAAGCUGAAGGAGAAAGCCAAAGAGCGCCGGGAGAAGGAGAUGCAGUUAAAGCUGGAAAAGCAGAGAAGAUAUGAAGACCAGGCUCUUGCGGGAAAGAACCUGCCUCCUCUGAAGCUGGUGGACACCCCAGAAGGUCUCCCUAACACCCUAUUUGGUGACGUUGCGAUGGUCGUCGAGUUUCUCAGCUGCUACGCAGGCCUUUUGAUGCCGGACGAUCAGUAUCCGAUUACAGCCGUGUCCCUAAUGGAAGCGUUGACCUCGGAAAAGGGAGGUUUCCUCUAUCUGAACCGAGUCCUGGUGAUCCUCCUCCAGACCCUGCUCCAGGACGAGAUUGCCGAGGAUUACCGAGAGCUGGGUAUGAAGCUCUCGGAAAUCCCGCUCACCCUGCACUCGGCCUCAGAGCUCGUUCGGCUGUGCAUGCGCAAGUCUGAUGUGCAGGAAGAGAGCCAAACUUCGGUCACCAACGACGAGAGCAAAGAGACCAUAGGGUUCGAUGACAACGAGGUGGAGGAUGAAUUCCUGGAGAAGCUGGAAACUGCGGAGUUCUUUGAGUUGAGCCCAGAGGAGAAGGUGAUGUUGCUGACGGCAUUGUGUCACCGUAUUCUGAUGACCUACUCUGUGCAGGACCACAUGGAGGCUUCACACCACAAGUCAGCGGAGCUGUGGAAGGAGAGGCUGGCCAUGCAGAAGGAGGAGAACGACCGGAAGAAGGCAGAGAAGCUGAAGAGGAAAGAAUUGGGGGAGGCGAAGAAACGAGAACCAGAGAACACCAAACUGGUGGAGAAGAAAAAGCCGGAGAAAAAGAAGGAAUUUGAUAAAAAGAUGGAAGUGGACAAAGGCGGGAGUGACCUGCUGACGGACGUCAACGGCAGCGAGGACUUAAUCAGCGCCAUCAAAAGCCGGCGUCUGCUGGCCCAGCAAGCCAAGCGAGAGAAAGAAGUGAGGGAAAAACAGGAGAAAGAGAGGCUGGAGAAGGAGGUAGAAGAGGAGAAGGCGAGGAAGCAUAAAGCAGCCGCUGAGAAGGUGUUCCAGGAGGGAAUCGCAAAGUCCAAACUGGUGCUGCGCAGAUUACCCAUUGGUACAGACCGCAACCACAACAGGUACUGGCUGUUUUGUGAUCUGGUACCUGGUCUGUACGUGGAGAAGGGUUGGGUCCACGACAGCGUUGAUUACAGCUUUACUCUGCCUGAAGCGUACCUACAGCAUGAAGAGGACCGACACUCUAAAAGCAAUGAUGAAGACAGCAUUGCUGAGAGCAGCCUGAACGACUGUGGCCACCAGGGGUCCUUACAAACCUCAGAAGCAUGCAUUGAAAUCUCUGUCCCUAAACAGGGACAGAACCUGUGGUUUUUGUGCGACACCCAGAAAGAACUGGAUGAGCUCCUGGAUUGCCUUCAUCCCCAGGGGUUCCGAGAGAGUGCGCUCAAGGAACGCCUUCAGAAAAAGUAUCAAGAUAUUCUGCAUUCGAUCUACUUUGCACGGAAACCAAACCUUGGCCUCAAGUCUUGUAAUGGACAUCAGGAGCUGCUGAACUACCUGCGAACUGACCUGAUUGAGGUGGCCACAAGGCUACAGAAGGGAGGCCUGGGCUACAUGGACAACUGUGAUGAGUUUGAGGAGAGGGUGCGCUCGAUGGAGAGCCUGAAGGACUUUGGCGAGUGUGUGAUCACCCUGCAGGAGUGCAUCAUCAAGAAAUUCCUGCAGGGAUUCAUGGCCCCCAAACAGAAGAGGAAGAAAGCGGGCGAGGAGGUGAAGGUGGAGGAAGUGGAUGAGGAGAAGAAACUGGUUGAAGAAGCCAAGGUUGCCUCCGCCGUGGAGAAAUGGAAGAGCGCGAUCCACGAGGCUCAGACCUUCUCUCGGAUGCACGUGCUGCUGGGAAUGCUGGAUGCUUGUAUCAAAUGGGACAUGUCUGCGGAGAACGCCAGGUGUAAAGUGUGCCGGAAAAAAGGUGAAGAUGACACACUGAUCCGAUGUGAUGAGUGUAACAAGGCUUUCCACUUGUUCUGCCUCAGACCGGCUCUCUAUGUGAUCCCUGACGGAGAAUGGCUCUGUCCUGCUUGUCAACCAGCCACAGCCCGACGGGGCACUCGAGACAGAAACUAUGCUGAGGAGGAGGAGGAUGAAGACAAAGAUGAGGAGGAAGAUGAAGAGGAAGAAGAGGAGGAGGACGAUGAUGAAGACUAUGAGGAACAAGCAGUGACGGCUGGACCGAGAUUGAGACCAAGGAAAGUUAUCAAAGCAAAACCAGUCGUGCAAACUGUGGCUCCGCGGAGGGGCAGGCCCCCGGGAAAGAAAAAGUCCACUCAAACCCACGUCAGGAACACCCGGCACAAGGCAUCGCCUGUCAAUGAGUUGGACAUCGAUGAGCUGGUGCGACACGGGUCACGGCGACAGAACAUGGAGCUGGCGAAAUGUGAAGAGAUUCUGAACAAGUUGAUCCGAUCUAGAUACAGCUGGCCCUUCAGAGAGCCGGUCACGAGUGCUGAAGCCGAAGAUUAUCUCGAAAUCAUCAGCAACCCCAUGGACCUGCAGACCAUGCAGAGCAAGUGCACGUGGGGUGGCUACAAAUCGGUGGAGGACUUUCUGGAGGACAUUAUGCUGGUGUUUGGCAACGCAGAACAGUACAAUGAGGAGGGCAGCCAAGUCCUCGUCUGCCUGGAAAAGACAGAGCGUUGCUUCGCGAGCAUGUUGCAGAAACGCCUACCCGGCUACACCUACAAACGGGGCAAGCCGCGGAGGAGAGGGACCCGCAAACGGGUGAAACUGGUGGAGAUCGAUCUGAUGGAGGAGGAUGAUGAUGAGGAUUAUUAUGACAGUGACGCAGAAUCAAGUGAACAUUCCACCCCACCACGCAAACGCCGGAAGUGAAUGGGCGCCGGGGGAGCAGAGUUUUCGGAAUAAUGAUGGACGUAGUAAUUUCCUGCAGAACGCAUUUGUACUUAAUGUUUACGCUGACUGAUUUUAAAUACUGGAUCAAAUGCACCUGUUCAUCCUGACCCAGGUGUUUCAUAGGAAGAAGAGGGUCAGAAUCAAAAGCUCUUAUAGAUUUUUAUCAGGACAUAUUCCUCGUGGGGCGGGAGAACUUGUGGGGCUCUGGCUGGCUGGGCUGGGAAGGGUUUUAUUACCUGAGAAUAGCUGUGAAAGUUGGAUGACAUGACUGUGGGAAGCUCUCUGUUUCUCCUCUUAGAUGAGGUUUUAACUUAACAUCACAACUGUACAGUCAACGUAACUUUGCUCCUAUUGCAUAUCGUUCCUCUUUGGUAUUGAAACGGCCACGCUGGAUGGGCUCGUGUGUUCUCAGCCAUUUUAAUUAACAAUUGCUGUACCUUGGGGAAGGGUUAUAAGACUGACCCCAGGCCAGGUUAUUUUACAGGCGAAACGCCAGGUCAAAUCUACUGCAUCACCAGCAUCUAGUUGUGUUUGUUAUUGGGUCUCUCUUUACACAGGGAUAUGUAAAACAUGGUCCCUUUGUGUACUUCAGAGCAGUAUUGCUAGAGUCGGGUAUAUGUCCUUCCAGCCUCAAGGAGGAGAAUCUUUGUGUCUGCCCACAUCCUGAGAGGAAAGUCACUGAGCAGAGCAGGCCUUUCACACGGACUGAGGUAGCCCGGUGACUGUAUUUCCUGGCUCUGUGCCUAAGCAAGGCUCAACAGCAACUUGCAUUGAUAUAGCCCCCUUCAUGUCAGGUAGCGUCCCAGAGCGUUUCAGAGUGGCGGAGCCUGACACCACGGCUCCUCAAUGUUGAGCUAAAACGGACAGUUUUUCGCACAGCAAUGUUGGCUGCUCUGCUUGAGGUUGAAUAUUGAAGGCUAGUCAGGGUUGUGGAACCUGUGGCUCAGUGGUUAGAGCACUCGCCUCGCAAGAGAGAGGACCUGGGUUUGACUCCCAGCAGGGCGAAAUGUUGGGCAAGUUUCCCUACUCCACACGUCUCUGUUUACCAAGCAGUAAGUAGGAACCUGGUUUUUUUAGUCAAUUGGCGGAAUGCUUUUCCGGAGAUAUUAAUCCCUUCAAUUUUUUUAAAAAAAUAAUAAAUUCAAUCCAUGAUCAUUUCAAUCCAUGACUGUUUGUGGGACACUGCUGUGUGGAAUUGGCUGGUACAUUUCACCCAUAAAUAUACAUACAAUCAAUCCACUUUACAGUAUAUUCUGUGAAGCACUUUGAGACGUUUCGAAGACGUGAUAAGGCGCUGUGUCAAAUGCAAGGAUCAUCAUUAUUUUCUGAUCAGAUGCAUGUGGCUGGGGACCCUUACAUCUACCCUGCAUUGUUUGAUGUAGCAACCAGGGCAGAUGGUGCCUACCUGAGCUGGACCAGUUUACCAGUCCGCUUGUUGAGUGGUCUCUUGUUUGUUUAUGACCAGGGGGAAGAGGGUCUUGCCCAUUACCCAGCAAAGGCUGCCAGGCCGCAAGUUGCUUCUCCCUGUUUGGCAGUGACGGGCUAGCAAUGGUUUACUCACAUGUGCUGUCCUUUAAAAAGUCUUUGUGAACUGCAAUUGGAUUUUUAAAACGAAGAAAAGAGAAUUGUAAAAUACUCCAUAUUUAUGCGGAGAAUUGUACAGUACAUCCAAUGUGUAGAUCUAACCAGGCUCUUGAACUUCCUCAAGUUGUGUCAGAAUACAAUCGCUGCGCGACGCUAACUUGGGUUCGUUCGUCCACCUUCUUUAUCCCUGUAGUUUGUGUAAAUAACUCUUAUUAUUUGAGUAUUUGAUGUCUUUCAAAGUCCCUUUUCAGACCUGCGAUUUUUAUGGAGAGGGGGAAACGAAAAGCACUGAUCUACAUUUUCUUUCUCUUUAUGUGGAUUUCCUCCCUCCCUUCCUUUCUUUCUCUCUCGCAUUUGGCGUUUUAUCUCUUCCUUUCCCCCCACCCCCCUCCCAAUGGCACACUGUUGUGUAGGUAAGUGCUGUAGAAUAAGACUGUGGAAUUUGACAUUGUAUAUUUUUUUUUAAAGUGUCUGUGGUAGUUGUUCGGGGAGGGCGAUACUUGUAUUAAAACAUUUUUGGAAUUUUAAAAAUAAAACAAUAAUGUUUAAAAUU